AUUCAAUAUGGUCGCGAGAAAUGUAAGAGAAUUCGUAUCAAAGUUACAUCUCUAGGGAUGGAUGAAAAAACAGCUGCAAUGAAAAUACGUAUCGAAGGUGACGAUAUACAAGAGAUCACAAUGGCUAAAGUUGCAUUUGAUACAUUGAUGAAAGGAAUGGAAUAUAGAUACAAAGACGAUAGAGAGAAAGUAAGUUAUAUAAGGAAAAGCUUCUUGUUGUUCAACUACUGGCUUUUGCAAACUUCUAGUUAAUUUGACUUUGUUGAGUCUGAGUAGUAGUACAACAUCGGUACGUAAGACUACGUAGACCAUCGAAAAAAUCUUCUAACGGUUAUAGAACAGGAAUGAUUCCAAAAUGAAAACUUUUUUGGCAAUGAACAACUCGCUUUCAAGAAAGAAGCCUUAAGAGUUCCACUUGUGCUUCUCAUAUUCAUAUUUGAAAUCAGCAUAAUCGAUUACUUAGAAUUCAAUAGAUUUGGUGAAAACAAUGAUUGAAUUGUUAGAGGCACUUACUUCUUAGUUUUUCUUUUUGGGCCACGUAGAUUUCUUAAAAAUGACUAAUUUCGAUGAUCUCUUGUAGACAAGAUUUAUUUUUGAUCAUGAUGGCACGACAGCAUUACAAAAGAUUCAAGACGAAACUGGUACUUAUAUAUGCUGCUGUUAUUCAGAUUCAUUCCUACGAAUUUACGGCGAUAAUCAAGCACCUGAUAUAGCUACAGCACGUAUAGAUGAAUAUAUAGAGAAUAUUUUAAAUAAUAGAAAUUUUACAAUCACAUUAGACAUUCCUAAAGGUUACAUCCGACAUGUAUUAAAAUUGAGUACAAAUUAUCAAGAUACGAUUGGAAAGGAGUUUCAUGUUAAAAUAAAUAUAUCAGAUGUUAAACGUCAAAUACAAAUUACGGGUAAAAAACAGAAUAUCAUAAAUGCUGAAGAAGCAAUUAAGAAGAACUGGUCAGCUACACUUACAGAACAGCAAUUAUUGCAUAACAACAAUGCAACUACGACCAACAAUGAAUGUCCAAUUUGUUGUGAGAUCGCCAAUUAUACUUUACAAGCAUGUGGACAUAUUUCGUGUUUAAAUUGCCUUAAACAAGAAUUAUCAAGAAAGUUUGAUACAACACUCAGCAAUGAAAGCAUUAAGAUUAAAUGUGUAAUGCAAGAAUGUAAUUCAGUACUUUCACUGAGAGACAUCAAAACAAUAAUUGAUCGAGAAAAUAUGUCUAAGUUAGCACGUGCAUCAUUUCAAGCUUUUCUUAAGACAGAUAUGGAUAUUGUUCAAUGUAUGGGUACAGAUUGUAAGCAAGUAAGAAAAGAAUUUUCUUAUAAAUAG